GUUGCUAAACCCUCCGCGACUUAUUUGCUUAGGAAAUAGGGUUUUGCUUGCAACUGGGAUCGACAAGACGACGCAGCGGUGAAAGCUACCGGUGCGUUCGACCACAAUGGGAGGGUCCAGAGUUCAAGUCAACAAGGCUCACAAAUCCCGUUUCUCAUCCAAGUCUUCUCGCAAUCUUCAUAAAACUUCUGUCAAGGACAGACUUGCAAUCUCAAAAGCAGAGCGCAAUGUUGGCAAAGGCGCUCGUGCAGCUCGAAUUCAGAGAAGUAAAAUGAUACGUGAUCAGAAAAGGGCUGCGGUCUUGAAAGAGAAAAGAGAACUCAGUGGGUCGAGAAGUCCUCCUCGAGUCAUAGUUCUCUUCGCCCUCUGCGCUUCUUUGGAUUUAGAAUCACUCGCUGAUGAUCUCUUGUCAUUAUUAUCUAAAGAUACGUGCGUGGUGCUGCCAGGAACCGUUGCUUCUUCUGAAUAUAAGACAAGAGUAACGGUAUUGAAAGCACCACAUGGUGAUCUACUAUCGUGCAUGGAAAUGGCUAAGGUUGCUGAUCUAAUGGUUUUUGUGGCCUCGGCAAAGUCUUUGUGUGAAGAAACUGAUUCCAACUACGUUGACUCAUUUGGAAAUCAAUGUCUCUCUGUAUUUAGGUCUCUAGGUUUACCGAGCACUGCUGUGUUUAUCCGUGAUUUACCUUCUGAUCUUAAACAAAGGAAUGAACUGAAGAAGACAUGCACAUCUAGUCUUGCCUCAGAAUUUCCUGAGGAUUGUAAAUUUUAUCCUGCUGAUACAAAGGAUGAGCUACAUAAGUUCUUGUGGCUCUUUAAAGAGCAAAGGCUUAAAGUUCCUCAUUGGAGAACUCAACGUUCAUACCUUUUGGCUCAAAAGGUUGGUGCAGUAUACGAGGGCAACUCAGAAAAAUGCACCCUGCUUCUCACUGGUUACCUUCGUUCCCGUAGUCUCUCAGUCAAUCAGCUGGUUCAUGUUUCAGGUGCAGGAGAUUUCCAAUUGUCUAAAAUUGAACUAUUAAAAGAUCCUUGUCCUUUGAAUUCAAGGAAAAAUCAAGACCUAAUGGAUGCAGAUGAAAUGAAUGAUACGGAGGUCAUUGGUUCUCUUGUGCCUGAUCCUCUUAACCAUGAAGCUUUAGUUGUUGAGAAUAUACCUGAUCCUCUUGCUGGAGAGCAGACAUGGCCGACUGAGGCUGAAAUGGCCAAGGCUGAUGAAGAUCAAAAGAAAAGGAAGAUAAAGAAGAGGAGUCUACCCCAUGGCACUUCGGAGUAUCAGGCUGCAUGGAUAGUUGAUGAUUCUGACGAGUCAGAUUUUGAUGAUGAAAAUGAUGACGGUAUGGUGUUGGAUGAAGGGGAAGAUGGAUUACGUGGUAAAGAGACAAAUAAAUAUUCAGAAUUUGAUGGUGAUGACGUUUCUCUUAGACUUGGAGAUUCUGAGGAAGAAACUGACAAUGAUUCAGUGAUGAUGGAAGUAGAUAACUUAACCAGAGAGAAAAUACAAGAUGAACUCAAGGAACUUAAAGAAGCACAUGCAGCAGAUGAAGAGUUUCCAGAUGAAGUGGAUACACCAUUGGAUGUUCCUGCUCGGAAGCGGUUUGCAAAAUAUAGGGGACUCAAGUCUUUUAGGACUUCUUCAUGGGAUCCUAAAGAAUCUCUACCCCAAGAUUAUGCCAAAAUUUUUGAAUUUGAUAAUUUUAAAAGAACACAAAAACAUGUUCUUGCAAAAGCUCUAGAAUUGGAUCAAGAAAUUUCCGAGCACUGUAUUCCAGUUGGCUCAUAUGCUAGGCUGCAAAUCAAAGAAGUGCCCAGUGCUGUUGCUUCAAAGUUAUGUUUGCUUUCAAAGAGAAUGCCAGUUACAACAUGUGGCCUGUUGAAACACGAAUCCAAAGUAUCUGUCCUUCAUUUCAGUGUGAAGAAACAUGAAACAUAUGAUGCACCCAUCAAGUCCAAGGAAGAGUUAGUUUUUCAUGUUGGUUUUAGGCAAUUUGUUGGCAGGCCAGUUUUCUCUAGUGAGUUCAUAAAUACUGACAAGAACAAGAUGGAGAGGUUUCUCCAUGCUGGGCGUUUUUCAGUGGCUUCAAUAUAUGCUCCAAUUUCUUUUCCUCCUCUUCCUUCAAUAAUCCUUAAGAUAUCCGGAGAGAAUGCUGCACCUGUAGUGGCUGCUGUUGGCUCACUGAAAACUGUUGAUCCAGAUAGGAUAAUCCUUAAACGAGUUAUUUUGACAGGUUACCCCCAAAGAGUGUCGAAACGUAAAGCUUCUGUGAGACACAUGUUUUAUAAUCCAGAGGAUGUUAAAUGGUUUAAGCCUGUUGAGCUUUAUACCAAACGUGGCCUCCGUGGGCGAAUUAAAGAACCAGUUGGUACCCAUGGAACAAUGAAAUGCCUUCUCAACGGGGUUCUUGAACAGCGUGAUACCGUAUGUAUGAAUUUAUUCAAACGUGCAUACCCUAAGUGGCCAACCCAUUAUUUUCCUCUUUCUGAAUGAUGGGACGGCCGUUGAAUUCUGUUUCCGCCGCUCAAGGAAUUCAGAAGUGUAUAUUGAUUGGGAAUGAAGCUUUGGUUCAGAUUGGACUUCCUCGUAUGGGGGAUGCAGUUUUGUGACGAUUACUGCCAGUGAGUGAUACGACGUUUGUAACUUUUUGUGUUUGCAUACAAAAAUGCUGAGAUGUAAGUUAUUCACAUAAUAUCGGUUAAAGGUUGAUUGCCUAAAUUUCUUAAUUAUUUUAGUGUUGUACUGAAUUUAUCGUUUCAUUUUGUGGGCGAAGCGUCCUGCACAUAUUAUUGACACACUUAUAUCUGUUGUUAGAUUUUAAAAGGUGAAAUCGACUAAUAAUCCUAUUGCUCUUAAAAAA